UAAAGAUUAAAGACUGUCAUUUGGUUGAUGGUUCUGUCACUAAUGGUGCAGAAGAUAGUUUUUCCUUGAUAUUUUAGUUUUAAUGUUUGUGUAUUUUCUUACUCGUAGUGAUUUUGCUUUUAAGUGUUUGUUUCCUUAGAAAGUCAUAAUUUUACAUGUUGCUGAUGUUUGCAAAGGGUAGAACAAGUGAGAAGGUGCCGAAUAAAAUUGCAUAGCAAACGUGUCAUAAAUUUUUAAGUUAUUACAACCGAUGAUAUAUGAAAAGAAAAACAAAUUAUUUUGCAUUCCGAUAGCGAAUUAGUAUAGUUUCACAUGGGUGAUGGCUUGGCAGUCGGAUAAUCGUACGGACGAGAAUAGCUUCCUGCUUCGGUUGAAGAUAAUAGGAGCUUAUGCAUUGGCUAAAAAAGACAUUUUUGGUGCUAGUGAUCCAUAUGUCCGCGUUGAGCUGCAGAAGGCGGACGGUGAUGUCACAUUGGAAACUUUCCUGACGAAAACUAAGAAGAGGACACUAAACCCAGUAUGGAAUCAGGAGUUUGUAUUUCGGGUGAAACCCCAAGAGCAAAAGCUGCUCAUCCAAGUUUUCGACGAGAACCGUUUAACCCGAGAUGAUUUCCUGGGCAUGGUCGAAGUGCCUCUAGCGAACACGCCGUACGAGAGCGCGGCGAGCGCCCGACCGCCGGUCACUAAGUACCCUCUGCGACCGCGCAGGUCUGUCGCCCGUUCGCGCGUGCGCGGCUACAUCGAGGUGUACCACGCGCUGGUGGGGCGCGUGGGCGAGCGGGACGGGGACGAGCCCGCGCCGCCCGACGGCUGGGAGAUGGUCGAGAGCGCGCCGCAGGUGGGCCACGUGCAGCCGGUGUUCGCGGGAACGGUACCAACACUAACCGGGGAGGAUGACUGGGUAGUUGUCGACGCAACGCAUUUGCCCUUUACAAUAGGAGGGGAUCCACUACCCCCCGGGUGGGAGGAGCGACAGGAUGCGAACGGGCGCACGUACUAUGUGAACCACGUGGCCCGGUCUACGCAAUGGGAGCGGCCAUCGUUGGCUUUUACUCGCAACAUGAGCACGGAGUCCCAGGCUGAGCGCAUGGAGACAGCGGCGACUGAGUUUCAGCGCCGCUUCCACAUCUCAGCGGACGACGAGCACAACCAGGCGAACACGCAGACGCACGAUGAGACGGACAAUUCGUCAGACAGUACGCGGAGCAGUAGCGCGAGCAGCACGCAGAGUCAGAAUCUGCCUAAUAGUGAUGGAUUGCCUCCCGGUUGGAGCAUGCAGCGAGCACCGAACGGGAGGAUAUUCUUCAUCGAUCAUAAUAACAAAACCACUACUUGGGUCGAUCCUAGGACAGGUUGUGCCUCAAGCCUGCCCAGUACGGCAGUUCGUCCAGAGGUCACAGCCACGGUGGAGGGGGAGGCCGAUGAGCUCGGACCCUUGCCGGAGGGGUGGGAGGAGAGGGUGCAUACUGAUGGACGGAUCUUCUUUAUUGAUCACAAUACCCGCACGACCCAGUGGGAGGACCCACGACUAUCGAACCCGCAGAUCGCGGGCCCGGCCGUGCCCUACUCGCGAGACUACAAGCGCAAGUACGAGUACCUCAAGAGUCAGCUGCGUAAGCCGAGCAACGUACCCAAUAAGUUCGAAAUUAAAGUGCGAAGGAAUUCAAUACUGGAAGAUUCGUAUCGUAUCAUUAGUUCCGUGAGCCGAGUGGAUCUCCUCAAGACGAAGCUGUGGGUCGAGUUCGAGUCGGAAGUUGGGCUUGAUUACGGCGGUCUAGCCCGCGAGUGGUUUUUCCUCCUAUCCAAGGAGAUGUUCAACCCGUACUACGGGCUGUUCGAAUACUCCGCGAUGGACAACUACACGCUGCAGAUAAACCCCAACAGUGGGGUCUGUAACGAGGAGCAUUUGAACUACUUCAAGUUUAUAGGCCGAGUCGCUGGCAUGGCGGUCUACCAUGGCAAGUUGCUGGAUGCAUUCUUUAUCCGUCCAUUCUACAAAAUGAUGCUCGGCAAGCCAAUAGACCUGCAGGACAUGGAGUCGGUCGACUUGGAGUAUUACAACUCGCUUAUGUGGAUACGGGACAACGACCCUUCAGAAUUGUACCUAACUUUCGCAGUAGAUGAAGAGCAGUUUGGUAAAACUUACCAACGUGAAUUGAAACCCAACGGUGCUAACAUACCGGUUGAUGAGGAGAACAAAGACGAGUACAUAAAGUCAGUAAUCGAAUGGCGCUUCGUGCGGCGCGUGCAAGAGCAAAUGAACGCGUUCCUCGAAGGCCUGGGAGCCCUGGUUCCACCCGCACUGCUGAAGAUCUUCGACGAGCACGAGCUGGAGCUGCUGCUGUGCGGCAUCCAGCGGAUCGACGUGCGGGACUGGCGCGCCAACACGCUGUACAAGGGCGACUACCACGCCAACCACCUGGUGGUGCAGUGGUUCUGGCGGGUGGUACUCUCAUUCUCCAACGAGAUGAGGUCCAGACUGCUCCAAUUCGUCACGGGAACAUCUCGGGUACCGAUGAACGGGUUCAAAGAGUUAUACGGGUCUAACGGACCUCAGCUGUUCACUAUUGAGAAGUGGGGGGAGCCGGAUAACUACCCGAGGGCGCAUACUUGUUUCAACCGAAUCGAUCUCCCGCCAUACGAGAGCUACCAGCAGUUACGCGAGAAGCUCAUAAAGGCCAUCGAGGGCUCGCAGGGCUUCGCCGGCGUCGACUGAUCGCCUUGUUGCUGUUGUUGCUCUUGUUGCUGAUGCAGUGACUUGUUGCUCGUUGUUGCUGAUGCACUGGGACUCGUUGCUGUUGUUGCUGCAGUUGUAAAUGUGGGAUUGUUGCAACUGCGAGUGUUGUAAAUGUGGAAACUGUUGCAAGUGCAACAAAGUGUUGUUAAUGGUCAUAAGGGAGUUGUUGCAAGUGUGCAAGUUGUUGUUGAAAAUGAUAGUGGCAGUGGGAGUGAUGUAACUGCAGUUGAUAAAAGAAAGAAUUAAUUUAAAACAACAACAAGCAGUGUUGUUAUUAAAAAUAGUGUGGCAGUUGCUACAGUCGAUGCUGUUACAGUAAAUUUGACAGUUGUUGUUGUAAUUGCUGUUGCAGUUAACGUGACAGGAAUAACAAUUACUACUAUUACGGCAUGUUCCUCACGUUACUGUAACAGUCAAUUUGAUAAUAAUGAUUGUUGCUGCAUUUGUUGCAAGUACUAUAGUUAUUGUUCAAGUUGCUGAUAGAAGAUAUUUACUGUGACAGAUAAGAGGGCAAUGAAGAUAUAAGCAAUUGUUGCUGUAAUUUUAAUUGUUGCUAUCACUGCCGUUGCAAACACUGUUGCACCUUGUUGCUUCCGUUUCUCCAGUUGUUGCAGUUGCAACAAUUGCACUUUGUGGCUCCCGUUGCUCCCGUUACAACACUAUUGCACCUUGUUGCUCCAUUGUUACAGUUGCAACAGGGUUGCCACACCGCGAAAGCCAUCCAUACAGAUACACGCCUUAACUAGUUAAGUAUAAGCUAUACGGCACUUAGGGGAUUUAAGUUAAGCGCA